AGAAAACUUGUUCUUCAAGAAGCAGCGAUUUCCUUUUGAGAAAAACAGCUACAAGAAAAAGAAAAGCAGGAGUUGUAUUUCCUUUGUUCUCUCCCAUUCACUGUUAAAGUAUCAAAUUCCCCUUUUCCUGCAAUCCAAAUUCACAAUAUUUACCUCCAAAACAUCAACAAAAACCAAAAAUGGAGUGCGUUUUCGGCUUAGUUGGCGACGGAUUCGCCGUAAUUGCAGCCGAUACAUCGGCAGUGAACAGCAUUUUGGUGCACAAAUCCAACGAAGACAAGGUUAUGAUCCUCGAUUCGCACAAACUCAUGGGCGCUAGUGGCGAAGCUGGGGACAGAGUUCAAUUUACGGAGUACAUUCAGAAGAAUGUUUCUUUGUAUCAGUUUAGGAAUGGCAUCCCUUUGACUACUGCUGCUACUGCUAAUUUCACUCGUGGUGAACUCGCUACUGCGUUAAGAAAGAAUCCAUACUCUGUGAACAUAUUGUUAGCUGGCUAUGACAAAGAAACUGGACCAGCACUGUACUUCGUGGACUACAUUGCAACUCUCCACAAGGUAGACAAGGCAGCUUUUGGUUAUGGCGCCUAUUUUUCUCUUGCCAUGAUGGACAGGCACUACCGCAGUAACAUGUCCCUUGAUGAAGCCAUCAAGCUGGUUGAUGAGUGCAUAGAAGAGAUCAGGACCAGGCUGGUUGUGGCCCCACCAAAUUUCGUGAUCAAAAUUGUUGAUAAGGAUGGAGCACGGGAAUAUGCCUGGCGUGAGACUAUUAAAGAUAAAUCGUAUGUUUCUGCUGACGUAAGUGCCGCUUCCGCCGAGGUUUUGACCAGUUGAGCACCAAAAAAUUAGGUUGUUUUCAUACUUCCUGAAGCUGGUAGUGUUGAUGUAACAGGGAGUCUUUAGUUUGUUCGAGACUUCAUGGCUGUCGCUACCUUGUUGUCACCUUUUAGACUACCCCCACUGUUUUCAUUUAUGGUGAAACAACUAUUUAGUUGAUUAAUCUGGUGUAAUUCUCAGUGAAGUAAUGUUCAAUUUGUCUGACAA